AUGGCCAUGUCCACCAUGUCUGUCUGCUCCAGCACUUGCACUGAGCCCUGGCAGGUGGAUGACUGUCCAGAGAGCUGCUGUGAGCCUUCCUGCUGUGCUCCCAGCUGCUGUGCCCCAACCCCCUGCCUGACCCUGGUCUGCAGCCCUGUGAGCUGUGUGUCCAGCCCCUGCCAACCAGUCUGCACCAGUUCCUGCACACCCUCAUGCUGCCAGCAGUCUAGCUGCCAGCCGACUUGCUGCACCCCAUCCUCCUGCCAGCCGGCCUGCUGUGUGCCCGUGAGCUGCAAGCCCAUCUGCUGUGUGCCUGCCUGCUCUGGGGAUUCCUCUUCAUGCUGCCAACAAUCUAGCUGCCAGCUGGCUUGCUGUACCCCGUCCCCCUGCCAGCAAGCUUGCUGUGUGCCUGUGAGCUGCAAGCCUGUGUGUUGCAAGCCCAUGUGCUGUGUGCCCAUCUGCUCUGGGGUCACCCCCUGUUUGGCCCCCUCGUGCUGCCAGCCCAGCCCCUCUUCCUGCUGCAGACCCUCCUCCUGUGUGUCCCUCCUCUGCCGCCCUGUGUGCAGACCUGCCUGUUGGGUCCCCACCUCCUCCUGCCAGCCCUGCUGCCCCCGCCCAGCCUCCUGUGUGUCCCUCCUCUGCCGCCCAGCCUGCUCCCGCCCGGCCUGCUGCAGCCUCGCCUCCUGCUAG